AUGCACACAUCUAUCUAUCUAUAUAUGCACACAUCUAUCUAUCUAUCUAUCUAUCUAUCUAAAUCUGUACACAUCUAUCUAUCUCUUUAUCUAUCUAUCUAUCUAUAUCUGCACACAUCUAUCUAUCUAAAUCUGCACACAUCUAUCUAUCUAUCUAUCUAUCUAUCUAAACCUGCACACAUCUAUCUAUCUAUCUAUCUUUACAGAAACUUGUUAAUCUUCCUACGCACGCUUGGUUGCAUUUUAACCCUUGCCCUUCUGAGUGCCAGCGGCUAUCUCACUUAUUUGGUUGUCAUGGCCUCAAGUAACAAUACGGAACCUAAUCAGAACUUCUUCGAGUUAAACCAGAUAACUGGCAGCCAGUGUUCUUCCAGUAGCGUCAACACAACAGCUGGGUCAAAGUCCAAUGAAAAUGGUUCAGAGGCCAAAGGUCGACUUGCCUCAACACAGCUAUCAUCCGUGUGGACCCCGGCGCUUUUCAAUUCUUCAACCCACGGAAUGACCUUAACAACAUCCGCAGUUUCUGCAACCGAGUGCAAGCCUUUCAAAUGUUGGGAAACAUACGUUGGGCAGGUAAGGAGCUUUCUCAAUGAUUGA